UGUGAAAUUUGUAUCAUACGAUCUAAGCAAAAAAUAUUCUGUCACACAAAAUCAUGUUGAAGAUGUCGUUUUAUCUUCAAAAGAAGGAACAACUAGGCUUGUGGUUUUUGAUCCAUUCACGGCUCUGCAUGUGGGUGGCAAGGCAAGAGUGGGAGAACGUGGGAAUAAUUGAAUGAGGUUCAGAUUUCUUCAGUCUUGCAGAGACAGAUAAUAAAUUUAAAUAUUGUAUUGUUUUUAAGUUUCUCUAUAGUCUCAGAGAUCACAUGUGAGCUUGUUGCCAUUUGAUAAGAGAGUCGAGAGUCGGUCAUUUAUUUAAAGAAGCUGUUUCUUAAGCUUGCAACCGUCAAUAAAUGUAAUUAAAUUCAUCUCCAAUCCUCAUCCUCCAUCUAAAACACUCUCCUUCAUUUCUCGUCUUUUGGGCUACUAAGAAAUGGCGAAACCCUUGUCUUUACUUGCAGUUAUCUUGAUUCAGUUGAGCUAUUUUACUAUCAAUACCAACGCCUUUACUGCUUCUGGUUGGAAUAAAGGUCAUGCCACUUUUUAUGGAGACAGUGAUGCCUCGGGAACAAUGGGGGGAGCUUGCGGGUACGGGAACUUGUAUUCCACUGGUUAUGGAACUAGAACUGCCGCUUUAAGCACUGCAUUGUUCAAUGAUGGAGCUUCAUGUGGGCAAUGUUUCAAGAUCAUGUGUGAUUAUAAAUCAGACUCCAGAUGGUGUAUUAAAGGAACUUCUAUCACCAUUACUGCAACAAACUUUUGCCCUCCUAAUUACGAUCUUCCAAACAACAAUGGAGGCUGGUGCAAUCCUCCUCUCCAGCAUUUCGAUAUGGCCCAGCCAGCUUGGGAAAAAAUUGGUAUUUAUAGAGGUGGAAUCAUUCCUGUUUUGUUCCAAAGGGUUCCAUGCAAGAAGCACGGUGGAGUAAGAUUCACCAUUAACGGGAGAGACUAUUUUGAGCUUGUUUUGAUCAGCAAUGUGGGUGGGGCUGGUGCUAUUCAAUCUGCAUAUAUCAAAGGUUCGAAAACCGGGUGGAUGUCCAUGUCUAGGAAUUGGGGAGCCAAUUGGCAGUCAAAUGCAUAUCUCAAUGGCCAAUCACUAUCGUUCAAAGUCACCACAACCGACGGUGAAACUCGUAUAUUUACAAACAUCGUGCCAUCGAACUGGGCAUUUGGGCAGAGCUUCUCUAGCAGAGUACAAUUCUCAUAAGUUAAAAAGUGGCUUCAGAGUUCAAGGUUUUGUGACUUGAAUUGGCAGAGGCGUGCUUGUUAUUUCAUUAAAGCAGCCCGCCGCGUUUUUCUGAGGGAAUCAAUCACAUGGUAAUUAAAUGAAAUCUCAAGUGGAUUAAAUUGGAAGCAAUCCAUGAACUCAAGCCAACUAUUACUCUACAUGUGUUUUAUGAUCCGUAAAUUUUGCAGUGAUUUAUGGAUGCUCAAAUUAUUAAUUUAAAGAUCAUGUGUUAAAUAGUUGAUGUACAACAAUAAGAAGCUCAGUUUAAUUAAUUAA